UGACACUGCCAUUUGAAUAGGCAAUAUAGACAUUACCACAAAUGCGAGUUUGGAGACGUUUUGGAAACACUCAAACAACGAUGUUACUGAUAAAUCCUCUGAUGAGAUUGAAAGGUAGGGAACUAGCGUCAAUUUCGAUAUCACAGUAGAGAUUUAAACACGGAAGUCGGAGUCUCAGAACAUAACCGUCGGAACUAGAUGUUAUGACAUAGUUGCAGCAUCCAUCCACUGUGCGCUUUUACGCAAUCCUCCUGUUGGCCUUCGGCACAGUAUGACAGUGGCAUCAGAGGCGCAGAACGGAGUUUACCAUGCGCUCUCCUCUCAGGCUUGACUGACUACAUGAUUUACGAGAUGAGGGCUGUUUUCUGGGGAGUACUCCUCGCCUGUGUGGACUGGAGUUGGGGCCAGGAGACUCACUCAUUCGAUGGCGACGUCCGCGACUUUGCCAUUGGUGACAGCUCGGUAUACGUCGUUACGGAUGACCGACUCUUCCAGCUGAACCAUGAUUUUACCAAAGUUAUAAAGAGGGAUAAUCCGAACGUAGUUUAUCCUAACCAAGAAGUACCUCCUUCCGAUGAAACGUAUCCAUUUAAGGUAAACAUUUUACUGCCAUUCAUAAAAAACAAGACAUUGAUCACCUGUGGAACCACAAAAUGCGGUUACUGUGAAAUACUGGAUCUCAACGAAAUCUCAAAAUCUGUGCAUUUCGAGGAUCUUGAAGUGGGUUCAUUGGACCCUGGAGAUUCAACCAUUGGCUUUAUUGUUGAUGUCGGGAAGAACUCCUACAUUAUGGCUGGAAGGUUGAAGAGCCGUGUGCGUAACAAGUGUGUCACUCAAGGUCAGUUGCUUGUCCUACGGAAUACACUAGAUGGACAGAAGGGAGGAAUCUUUUCUGAAUCAGAGGAGAGCGCGUCUCCGUAUAUUGACGCCAGACAAAAGGAGAAGUUUCAGUUUGUGGACGGCUUUCAGAGUAAUUCACACAUCUACGUGUUCUCGAACGUUCCCAACGAGCCUCAAGUUCGACUUAUUUGGUUCAAGAGCGAGAACAAUAAAGCAAAUACUUUGAAGUCCCUCGAAGGUGCGACACUCAAAUGCUGUGGAAUCAUGGAGCGCCGGCGGCUCCUGUCUUCCUCUGUAAUUCAAGGUUCUGGUGGGCUCCAUGGGCAGGUGCUCUGGGCAGGUGUGUUCACGGCUGGUAACACAAGCGACCCCAUCAACACAAUGCUGGCCAUCUAUAACAUCAGCCACUCUACAGGGCCUCAACUCAAGAACGAUGACCCAGACUUCUGCUAUGAAGACUGUGUAAAGUCAUCGGGAAAAGGUACCACCCCGGAGCUGCAGCCAGAGGCAGUGGUGUUUAAAUACAGCUCCAUGACAUCAGUGUUGGCAGUGAGACACAACUCCUGGCUGGUGUUCUUCAUCGGGACAGGAGACGGACAACUCAUCAAGCUUGCUGUAGACAAGGCCUACAAACCUGCCUGUCCCAGAGUGCUCUACAAGUCAGAUGACGACCGCCGUGUGUUUCCCAAGAUGCACCUGGAUCCAGUGGACCGCAAACAUGUGUACAUGGCACUGAGGAACCAGUUGAUGCGUGUGCCUGUGGCUCAGUGCAGUGAACACAAGAGUCUGAAGGACUGUUGGUCUGCUCAGGACCCCUUCUGUGGCUGGUGUGAGUCUGAGAACAGCAAGUCAAGAUGUUCCUUUCAGGAUGACUGCCUUCAGCCUUCAGCCUGGAUCUCCAUCUCUGAGGACUCCCAACAACAGAACAUGGUCUCUUACCAGGUGGAGAAGAGCAGCAGUGGAGAGAAGAUCACACUCACUGUCAAGGUCCACCUGAAUGUGCAUGGGACAGGAAGUCUCACCUUUACCUGCCACUUCUUCAAUACAAGAGGUGAUCUGUGUGACAGGACAAGCCCCGCUCCAGCGUUGCCUCGAUGCUCCUGCCUGUUCUCCAGCGACCAGCUUCCUGCUGAAGGUCUGGAUGUCACAGUGGAGAUAAGAGUGGGGAAGCAGAACCUUACUGAGAAACUGAUGCUCACUAACUGUUCAGACAUCACUGGACCACCUACCUCUGCCCUGUGUUCUCAGUGCAUGACAGCUGGAUGUAGCUGGAGUAAUGAUGCCUGCUCCUGGACACCCAGGUCUGCCAACUCAGACUCCAUACAGGACGUGUGCAGACUCAGCCAGUCAGGAAUGAACUACUCUGAGCCAGUGAUCGUCUCCAUAGUGCCCAGUGUCCUGUCCUUCCAUGGGAGAAACCACGCCCUGAUGACUGGGAAGAACCUCCAUCACGUGACUAGGGUUCGCAUCCAAGGGCACAUGGACUGCAGUCUCAAGGAGUCUCCAGUGUGGAACCACACUGGGUCCAGUCUGACGUUCCACAUCCCCAGUGGAGACAAAGGUUCUGUCAGUGUGUGUGCCGUGCUGCCAGACGGUCGCUGUCUGGGCAAGGCAACUGUCACCUAUGGGUCCUCACCAUCCUGCACUGGGCUAACACCAAGCACUACCUGGGCUAGUGGGAAGAGGAAGAUCAAGGUCCAAGGGUUCCAUCUGGAGUUUGUGGAGGGGGUUGUUCAUGACCACACCCCUCAGACCAUCCAAUCCAACUACAGCUCUGGGACUCUGUGGUACCACACACCUCCCUUUGAACACAUUAACCAGCCAGUCACGUCCACUGUGUUUCUGAGAGUGGCCAAUCAGACACUGGCCUGCUCAUCACAGCUCACCUACCAUCCCGACCCAGAAUUCACCAGCUACACCGCAAUCAAGACAGGAAACGACCUGCAUGUCACCAUUGAGGUAUACACAUGUGCACGCAUGCAUGCACCCAUGCCUACACACAUACAUGCUCUCUCUCUUUUAUUUCAGAAAAGGGCUGACAAGUUGAACAUCGCCACAGAAGAGAUCUCAGUGUUGGUUGUUCAGGAGGAGAACCAGGAUGUAGAGUGUGCCAUGGACACCAUUGAGACGAGGAAUGGGACUGACUCUGUCAUCUGUGAGAUAAAGAACACUCCCAGCGCCAACAUCAAGUCAGUGAAGAUAAGAGUUGGCAAUGUCACAAUAAACCUUGAUUCAACACACACUCAACUGCUAAGACUCUUUCUGCUUAUAUCCAUCAUCAUUAUAGUCAUCGUUGUAUUCCUUAUCCUGCUGGGGAUUGCAAUGGCCAAACUUAUUAUUCAUUUCCGUGAUCUGCGUCACUGACUACGUCUGGAAGGAACCUGCAUUAUCUGAGGUCAACAUAGACUGUCCUUUGAGUCUUUGCAAGUUUGUUGGCAAGGUGGUUGACCUUACUCCAGUGUAAGUCGCCUUCUCCUCCAUCAUUAUUUUUGGAACAAAGAUGUCUUACAUUUUUGGAAAUUGGAUAAAAUACAAUGUACCUCUUCUAAAUUCUACAAAAUGUCAGCCUUUCUUUACUUGGGUAGAGACGCUAUCAUUCCUCCCCACUCAACAGUUAACUGCUUGCACUUGAUUUGCCUGUAAUUUAUAUUAAUGUUUGUAGUAUCCUGACUUAAUAUAAGACUGUAUACCACUGUCAUAUAUGUACCCUUUUUUGUUUUACCAUAUUAUAUUUUUAUGUAUAAAAUAACAUGCCUAUUCUAAAUCAAUUGCUGUUUACAUUAAAACUGUGAAACUAAGUUUCCUUUGUGA